AUACUCUGAUUGAUUAAACGUGUUCUGUUCCAAGAGUAAACAAAAAUGCUACUCUGUUUUGAACGUCCAUAAUAAUAGUUUUCCUGGAAAAGGAACGUCCAUAAUAUAUGAUGAUUUGAUUAGCAAUCAUGAAACUUCUUCAUUUUUUUAAGUCUUGUGUACGUAAAAGAAAGAGAGGAGGGACGAGAAAGUAGGAGGACCAACCACUAAUGGGAUCUUCCAUUCCAAAGAGAGCCAAAAAUAGUUUGGAUAGAAUUUGAAAGAACACAAACCAAAACCCAAAAACUUCAACCAGAGAGCCAGAGAUAGAAAGAUGAUCCCCGGCGUUGCUUUGACACGUGUUGCUUUCGGGUUAACCGCCUUCCUCCUCCUCGCCGCCGUGAGCAGCCAGGAGAAGUGCAGCAACACCUGCAUUGCACAAAACUGCAACAGUCUUGGCAUUCACUAUGGGAAGUACUGUGGGAUAGGUUACUUUGGAUGUCGAGGAGAACCACCUUGUGAUGAUCUUGAUGCUUGUUGUAUGACUCAUGACAAUUGUGUUGAUUUAAAAGGUAUGACUUACGUUAACUGCCACAAGCAGUUCAAACGUUGCGUAAACAAGCUAAGAAAAUCGAUUAAACGAUCUAACGGUCAAAAGAUUGGAUUCUCCACUCAAUGCCCUUAUUCGAUAGUGAUACCAACCGUGUUCAAUGGAAUGGAUUACGGCAUUUUCUUCAGUGGGAUAGGUAAUAUAUUCAAACCUCCGGUGCUGGGAAGUGUGCCCGUCGUGGAGGUGGAUCUCUCUCGGAGUAAAGUGGACACAAAGGAUGGCCUUGGAACAAAGCUAGGCCUUGGAACAAAAGAAGGCUCCAAAGUCUCUGCUUCUUUAAAUAUAUGAGCCCUUAUUUCUCUCUCUCUCUCAUCUUUGCAAAUUCUCUAACAUAUGUUUUUAACUCUAUCACGGAUCAAAAUCAAUGGGUAAUCAAUGAAUUAGCCUA